AUGGAAGGUGCAUCCUUGAACAUGAUGCCGUACAAGCGGCUGCAGCCUCUUGCCAGGUUAGAGGACGAUGUUUUCGACAAUGUCCCCAACGACAGCUACGACGAGGUCUCACAGCGUGAGGAGCUUCUGCGAGCUGUCAAGAAACUUAACACAUACAGAUGGUUUUGUCGCUUGCCUCCAGUGCUGGUGGAUGAGGAUUCUACGGAGCUGUGCGAGUUCUUGAACGAGAGCAUGGUCUCCCGCAAGCCAGUCUUCGUAAAAGAGUCCCACAGCCUGACGCGGCGAGUGUCGGAUCUCGGGGAUCAGCUCGGAGGCUUCAUGGCGAAUAGCGGCCAUGCGAUGAUCUUGCACAAGGCGGGUUCCCUUAUCUCUGCCAUCGAUGUCGGCAUUCUGUGCAGCCAUACGGGUGGUUGGAGCUACUCAAGUGCCCCUGCUCCCGGCGCAGCUUCCGAAGCUGCGGCCGCAGGACAGAGUGCCCAAGACGAAAUACUGUCUCGAGGGCAGCUCCAUGGUCGAGGCAACACAGCCCGCGAACGCCCGAAGCCUGGCCUUGCAGCGUGGUCCCUGCAAGCUGCGACGGAAGUGCAACCAGUUUGCGUGCAGAAUUUGCCAGACUCCCUGGCAGGAUACAGGACAAUGUGGGAAAUCUUGGAUAAGCUGGGCGGCGGCAUCAAGCAGGACGGCUGUAACGCCCCGAGCAGAGCGAGCAGAGGCAAGAGCCUCCGCAUGCCGAGGCUGGCAUUUGCGCUUUCACAGCUGGCCACCGCACGCUCGGCUCUGCUGCCGGGCCGACACGACCAGGCAAAGGGAAGCAAGGCUUUCAAAUCCUUUGCAAUGCGAUUCCGUUUGCAGGUGGAAGGUGCCCAUGGCUCCUCCGUAAAGAUCCUCAGGUUCCCACCCCAUUGCUUGCCGUUUCGGGGGAGCCAAUUAGAGUGGCAGGUCUUCUGGGGCUCCAACGAGACUGCCCGCCGGCGCGAAUGGAGCCGUGCUAGCAACCUGUCUUGGGGUGACAGGACAAACACAGUGACUCUGCGGCGACAGCUUCUCAGUCCACGGCUGCAGAACUUUGGUGCCUCUCGUUUGCGAGAGACAUGUGUCAUCCGGACCAGCCCUGGCACAGGAGAAACUGCGGAAGAUGAGGAGGAGUGGGCCAAACGCGAUGAGACAGACUUCGUCGUCUUCCCACCGUAUGGCGUGUGUCCCUUGGAGCUCCUGGGCGGACAUGCGCUCCCCACUUGGACCAUCAUGCCAAACAGUCAUCGCUUCCAACCAACGCAUGCCUUGCAGGUACGGAUGUGGCGAGUUAAGCUUCUUCGCGGAGAGGAGGACAUAGGCUGGCAGCAUGCCGUUGAGUCUGCUGGGCCAUUCCCCGAUUCUCAGAAGCAUUGGAUCCGGUCUUGUUCAGGGUGUAUGUGCUCAUGA